UAAAUCAAAAAGCCAGCAGAUCGAAUGAUUGGAUCCAGGAGGCUCAUUAUUUUCGACGCUUCGGAGAAAAGCAAUCAGAAGAAGCCUCAUUUCAACCAAAGCAUCGUCGAGGAGUGAGUGAGUCCAAGAGAGUCCAGCAACUGGCACUACAAAGAAUAAUCAAUCAAUCACAAGAAACAGAAGAAAACAGAAACUGAACUAACUAGCUAGCUAUCUAUCAUGGAAAACCCAAGUGAUUCUGACGACGACGAUGAAGCCCCUCUCUUGGUGGCCCUUGACGAUGACGAAGCUCCACUUUUGGUCGCCGUGGAUGAGGAUGAUGAUCAGAAAGUCGACCCAACUGUAGAAGCACAACCUCUUCUGCUGCAAGACCAGCCUGCUGUGUUGCCUCCUUGUCCCGUAACGAUUUUAUCGGGUUUCCUGGGCAGUGGCAAGACAACGUUGAUUCAGUACAUUCUAAAGUCGCCGGUCCAUAAAAAACGGAUUGCCGUCAUUGAAAAUGAAUUUGGCGAAGGAUUGGCCAUUGAAACAUUGAUUGCCAAGGAUGGAGUUGACAAUUCCAGUCUCGCAGAUUUCAUUGAACUUCCCAAUGGAUGUGUCUGUUGUACGGUCAAGGAUUCACUCGUCGAAACUCUUGAAAAUCUACUCGAAAAACGACAAGACCUCGAUUAUAUCAUUAUUGAAGCCAGUGGCAUGGCCAAUCCAGGCCCCAUUGCUUCUGUCUUUUGGUUGGAUGAAGAACUAGACUCACGGCUGCGUUUGGACGGAGUUGUCACAUUGGUAGAUGCCUACCACAUUACCAAACAAUUGCAAGAAACAGAAGAAGCAUCGCAACAAGUCGCAUAUGCCGAUCGAAUACUCCUCAACAAAAUUGACUUGAUCCAACAACAACAAACAACAAGUGUGGACCAGCUUCAUGCGACGCUCCAACGAAUCAAUCCCACGGCUCCCAUUCGCAAUACGACAUUUUCUCAAGUACCCGAUCUGGAAUGGAUUCUCGAUGCCAAUUGUUAUGACGAACACAACAACAAACAGCAGCAACCAGACAACAAUAGCGAUGGAAAACUCCAUCAGCAAAUUGAGAAACUCGUCUCGGAAAUGGCGGAAGGAGAACAUUCUCAUUCUCAUGACCAUGGAGAUCACACUGUGGACGACUGUGCCACUUGCCAAAAACAAUUGGAGGAACAACAUUCGCAUACCAGCGCCGUCUCCACGCUGGCAUUCAAGGAACAGGGAACCAUGAGUUUGGAACGAUUGAAUGCCUGGAUGGCUUCCGUGCUGUGGCCCAAUCAAGACGAAAAGGAUGAAGUGCUGCGAGCAAGACUAGAACAACAACUGCAAGAAGAACAGCAACAAUCCACAGCUACUCCUGAUGCCACGCAGAAACAAAGCAAUGGCAACAACAAUAAUGAUAAUCAACAGCAGCAAAUCUUUCGAAUCAAAGGUGUCGUCUCGGUACGAUGUCAAAAAGACAAGAUGGAGGAACAGGAGUUUCAGUCGUUCUGUGAUGGCAAAACAGGAAUCGACAAGCGAAGGUAUAUUGUACAGGCUGUCUAUGAUAUUUGGGACAUUCAUGCUUCCACAGAAGACUUCUCUGCAGAGGAGGACCGAGAAUGCAAGCUGGUGGUUAUCGGUCGUCACUUGCAGCGACAUGAUUUGCAAACUGGCUUUCAAUCAUGUUUGAUUUGAUUUGAUUGGAUGUGAUGUUGUUGCAAUAGUACCGGUACUUGUCUAUAGAGCUAAGCUAGCUAGCUUUCGUGUUUACGGAUG